AGCCAGUGCCUGAAGGAUUUGCGGUCAACCGAUCCCCGCGACGAUAAAAUGCGCAUCCAGAACACGAAAGGCGGAUUACUUAAAGAUUCGUACCGCUGGAUCCUCGAACAUGAAACCUUUAAGGACUGGCGUGACAAUGCAGAGAACAGAAUCCUUUGGAUUAAAGGCGACCCAGGAAAGGGGAAAACAAUGCUGCUCUGUGGCAUAAUCGACGAAUUGAUGCCAAAAACAAAACUGGCCAAGUCAGCGGAUCAAACUGCGAACACUAUACUCUUGUCCUACUUCUUCUGCCAGGGUACCGACAGGCGCAUUAAUAACGCUACCGCUGUACUGCGUGGACUGAUAUACCUCAUCAUUGCACAAGAACCCUCUCUUAUCUCGCACGUUCUGGAAAAGUAUAACCAUGCGGGCAAAGAUCUCUUUUCAGAUGGGAACGCUUGGGUAGCCUUGUCGGAAAUAUUCGCGGCUAUCCUGCAAGACCCCAAAAUGAAGGAAGUGAUCUUAGUUAUCGACGCAUUGGACGAGUGUGAGGCAGACUUGUCCAACCUCUUGGAUGUCAUUGUACAGCAAUUCGAAUUCUCUCACAUCAAGUGUAUCGUAUCGAGUCGAAACAUACUCGGCAUUCAGCAGCGACUCGAGUCAUACAUACCUGAAGGCGUUCUGAGUCUCGAGCUGAAAGGAAAUGCUUCAUGUGUAUCCGAGGCCGUGGAUGCGUACAUCGAGCACAGCAUAUCACGACUAACCUCGAUACAGGGCGAAUACAGCGUUCAAGAAAACUUACGCAAAUUAGUCCAACAAAAAGCCAAUGGCACAUUUCUAUGGGUAUCUCUAGUGAUGAAAGAGCUUCAAAAGGUUGAAGCCUGGGAAGUAAUGGAAGUGGUUGCAGAUAUGCCAACGGACCUAGUUGCCCUAUACAAUCGGAUGAUGCACCAAAUCAACAGCCUAUCGAGAAGAAAUAAAAGUCUUUGCAAAAAUCUACUUUCAGCGGUAUUUACAGCAUAUUAUCCACUCAGCUUGGCUGAAGUAGGAGUUGUCGCUGGGAUACCGGAUCACAUAUCGGGGAGCCUCGAAUCCAUUGCCAAGCUGGUAACAAUGUGUGGUUCACUUCUCACACUAAACGAAGAUAAAGUCUACUUUAUCCAUCAGUCGGCAAAGGAUUUUGUUUACACAGAGAUACACUCGACUGACGCUGCUAAAAGACAUUUAGAUGUCUUCAAGCAAUCGGUUGCUGCUAUAUCAAAGCUACCAAAAAACAUAUACGGCCUCACAGACUUUGGGCCUAGGCCGAAAGAUGCGCAGCCGCCUGAUCCGAAUCCUCUGGCUUCAAUGAGAUACUCAUGCUUUUAUUGGGCCAAUCAUCUUUGCGAUACAUGUAAUGCGAGCUCCGAAGACGAAACCCAACUGAUCAUCAAUGAGACGUUUAAACCCUUUUUAAAUAACCAUGUCCUCCGUUGGAUAGAGAGCUUAUCUCUGCUCGACGGGCUUUUAGAAGGCAUACGUUCCAUGCGCAAACUUCUCCACGAGCUUUCGAGCACUUUAAGCAGCAUAGAAAUUUUCAUCCUUCGCAAUGCAGCGCUUAUUACCAAAUCGCCGCUUCAAGUAUAUGGUUCAGCCCUUAUGUUUAGUCCAGUGCAUGAUCACAUAAAGGCAACCCAAUGGGACGAGAGACUACCUUUCAUCAAAGACAUUCAAGGGAUUACAACAGACGGUUUCUUGAAGACACUCAAGUACCACACCCGUCGUGUUGAAGCUCUUGCAAUUUCCCCCGAUGGCGAGAUGCUGGUGUCAAAGUCUUGGCACGAACAACUAUGUUGCUGGGACGUUGCAACAGGUGCCCUUGACUGGACAGUUCAAUGCCAUGACUAUGGUGUCUCGGCCAUUGCGUUUUCGCCAGACAACAGAAUAUUGCUACUUGCCACCUCAAGUGGGAUACCGAACGCAAGCCGUGUCGUCCGUUUGGUGGUCAAACGUGCGGUGCGAUUAAAUUGGCCUUCACUGACAAUUGAUUGCCACUAUGACGUUACUGCUCUCGCGUUCUCAUCAGAUUGUAAGACGUUGGUAUCAGGAUUAACAUCUGGCUUAAUUCUAUUGUGGGAUGCAACAACUGGCGCGUGUCUACAGAUCAUUCAAGGCCAUGAUGGCGAGAUACAAGCAAUUGCAGUCUCGCCAGAUGGUGGGAAAAUAGCAUCAGGAAGUAGGAAAAUAUUACGACUAUGGGAUGCAGCAACGGGUGCGCACCUAGGAGAGCUUAAUACGGCAGACUAUGAGUUCGCCAGGGGUUUUUUUACUACGACUGGGAUAAUACAAGCCAUCACAUUUUGUCAAGAUGGUGAAAAGCUCCUACUAAGUUUGGAGGGGGUAGAAAACAGCGUAUGGGAUCCAAGUUCGGGCAUUCUUGUACAGACUUCCGUCGGGGAAGACGAUUCGGUAAUAGCAAUCUCACCAGACAAUAAGAUAUUGGCGUCGGCAAGUCACAAGAUACAGCUAUGGGACGCGGCAAUAGGCAUGCAAGAGAAGGGUGAAUCCAAUCACUUUGUCGAUGCAUAUAGAUUAUUUGCUUUUACACCCGAUGGUAAAGCAGUGGCAUGUGCAAAAUCCAACAUAGCGCAGAUAUGGGAUACCACGGCAGGGGAGUGCUGUCGGACAAUCGAGGACAAUUGGCGACAUAAUUUCACCGACAUCUGGGACAGUUGCGAUUAUAGCGCCAUUGCAAUCUCAGCGAAUGGAAAGACCUUGGCAUUGGGAGCAUGGUAUGAAAGUGGGGGACCAACAGCAUUGCACUGUCAAAUACAGUUAUGGGACACAAUGACUGGGGAAUGUACCUGCCGGGAGCCCAUGGACCGCAAUCGGGUGCGGGGACUUGCAUUCUCGUCAGAUGGCACCAAGUUAGCGAUGGGAUUCGAACCCGGAACAGUUGUGCUAUUGGACAUAGUAAAGGGCGGGUGGCUCUGGGAGGUGGACUGUUAUCAUUCUUAUCGACCAAGAUGCCUCGCUUUCUCCCCAAACAAUAGCAUGCUGGCAUCGGCGCAUUAUCAUCUAUUCGAAGCUAAGAUCUACCAAAUAGAUUUAUGGGACACAGCAACGGGAAAGCAUCGGCAGGAAUUCGAUGUGGAAAUUCCGGUGAAAAUUCCGGACGAGCAGACGUAUAAUCAUAUUAUGUUCUCGCCAGAUGGUCAACAUCUCUACUUAGAGCAUCAAUACAGGGUAAGAUUGUUCGAGGACGAUGAACGGAUUGUGAGCCUAGACGCAGAUCUCUCGAAGGACAUACAAGGCCGAGGUAUUCCAAUCACUGAUGGGUGGGUAACGCAAAAUCGAAGACGCCUACUUUGGAUUCCUGAAGAAUAUAGGAACCAAUGUGCAUUCGUUUGUGGCAGUACGGUUGUACUUGGGCAUGGGGCUGGAAUAACAUUCAUAUGGUUG